AUGUUCAUUGAAGUUAAGCUUAUUGUCAAUGGUGAGACCAAGAUAUUUGAAAGUGCUGACCUGUUCAACUGGUUGGCCAUGGAUGGUGAUGUGGUCAUCAUAUUGACUGUCUGUGGGAACUUGCUUGUGGUCAUAUCCAUCUCUCAUUUCAAGCAGCUCCACACGCCAACAAACUUCUUAAUCUUUUCUCUUGCUACAGCUGACAUGAUGGUUGGUGUUAUGGUCUUGCCCCUGCAUUUCAUAUCAAAGAGCAUAUGCUUCCAUGUUAGCAAAAUACUUUGCUAUGUUUGUUUACUGUGUACAACAAACGUUACCUUUGUGUCUAUAUACAAUGUGUCUUUAAUUUCUCUAGAUCGUAUGUAUGCUUUAAGCAACCCAUUUCAAUAUUCAAACAAAGUCACAGCCAAACGCAUGUCCACUAUCAUCUACAUGAAGUGGUCGAUUUCAUUUUGUUACAACAUGACUUUUGUUUAUUUUAAUGGUCCUGCCACUUCUGAUAUGCUGUGCUUAGGAGAAUGCAGUGCAACAGCAAAAAAUCUUUGGUCAGUCAUAGACCUUAUGUUGGUAUUUGUUUUGCCAUGUUCUGUCAUAAUGGUUUCUUGUAUGAAAAUGUUUGCCAUUGCUAGAAAACAUGCAAAAAACAUUAGGCACGCAAAAGGCCAGCACAUCUCAAGGAAUAGCAAGUAUGGGCACAUUGUUCCUAAAGCUUCAGAGAGGAAAGCAGCCACCACACUUGGAAUUCUGGUAGUUGUAUUUGUCACAUGUUUGUUACCCUAUUUCAUAUUUGUUGCAAUGAGUUCUUUUAUUCCAGAUCAAAUAAUUGGUGAUGUGCUUGACGGAAGUCUUACUUUAUUAUACCUAAACUCCACGCUAAAUCCAAUAAUUUAUGCUCUUUUCUACCCUUGGUUCCGCACAUGUGUCAAAAUCAUCCUCAUGCUCAGGAUUUUCAACCCUAACUCUUCUCUAAUCAAUGUGCUUGAAAAAUGCAGUUAA